CCACCUCUAUUCAUUUAGCAUUGCCAACUACUCACGAACGGUUCGUUACGCGGAGCGCGCGUAAAUUCAUUCAGCAAGCAAACAGAAAAAGCGGAAUAUUCAAGUUGCAAUUCUUCCUCCACCUUCACCAGCAAUCUCCCACAAAUCUCGACCAAAAUGAGCUGCGGAAUCUCCAUGGUUAAAUAUAUCCUAUUUAUAUUCAAUUUGCUCUGUUCGAUAUGCGGCAUCCUACUGAUCGUUUUUGGAGCUCUGCUCUUCAGCAAAGUUCACAACUUCGAUGACUUCGCGGAGGCUCUACGUACCCAGCAGGUGCCGGUGACAAUGAUAGUCCUGGGCACCAUUAUCCUGCUGAUCUCCUGGUUUGGAUGCUGCGGAGCCAUUCGCGAGUCCUACUGCAUGUCCAUGACGUAUUCUAUUCUACUGUUUGUUCUAAUGAUUGGUCAACUGGCCCUGGUCAUCUACAUGUGGGUGCAGAAGGAUAAGUAUCUGCAAAUCAUGGGCGAAGCAGUGGAGAAGGCCUGGGACAAUCGUACACGUCGCUCCGACUACAUGGAUGCCCUUCAGAUCAGCAUGAAAUGUUGUGGACGCAAUGGCUUCUCCGACUACUCCUUCCAAGGCAAGUUCCCUCCGUCUUGCUGCAGCGACACCAAUAACUGCCGCAUGGAAACCGUCUAUCAGAGAGGAUGCAAAGCCACCUUCAUCGAUUUCUGGGACAGGAAUAGCGACAUCAUUAAAUAUGCUGGCCUGGUUAUUGCAGGAAUCGAAUUUGUUGGCUUUGUGUUUGCCUGUUGCCUGGCGAACAGCAUUCGGAACUAUCGCCGCCGCGCGGAGUAUUAAUCGCUGAGAAGAGAGCCUUUUACUAAUUUUAAAUGGAACCGAAAGUACGAAUUAUGUUGCCCAAUUUUACGAAUAUAUAUCACCUGACACAGAUGGCCAUUGAAAUUUACAUAAUCUCAAGUUAUAGCAGAGAAUCCCACGAUGAAUUCGAAAUGAUCCCUUUUUGUAAGAUCGUUGAUUGAGAGUUUUAAUGAUUGUGCUAAUAUUUUUAACUGUACAAAAUAAUUUAUACUCCUAGAGAUUGCAAUAAACUGAAAAAAUUUAUUAUAAAUUUUAAA